AUGAGUAUGAAUCUAGGAUUAUUCAGAUCAAGAGGAAGAGGUAGCUCCAUGUCUCUUGAUAAAUUCAUCGAAUGCAGGAAAAACCUCUCAAAGCCAUCACCACGGCUCUGGCCAGACGAUCCUCAACCUCGUAAAACGCAUCUCGACGAACAAGGACGAACCGUUGUUGAAAUUCACCACCCGAUGCUCCAAAAGCUGGAAUCUUUAAGAUCCGUGAACGAAUUCGAUCAACUAUAUGCCCAGAUCGUAGUCUCUGGUCUCCUUCAACACUCUCUCGUAUCAGGACGAGUGAUUAAAAAGCUCUGCACAUGCUUUCACUCGGUUUCGCGAGCUGUUUCGGUUUUCGAUUCCGUCGACGAACCUGACGCGUUUCUGGGUAACACCAUUUUGAAUUGUUUCGUCAAUUUGAAGCAGCCCUUUGGUGCGUUGAGCUUUUACUACGAGAAAAUGGUCUUGCACAACCAUUAUACGUUUCCGUUGAUGGCAAAGGUGUGUUCGGAGAUUGGGUUUGUAAAAGAUGGGGAAAAGAUUCAUGCUUUGGCCUUGAAGCAAGGGUUUGAUUCAGAUUUGUUCGUUAGGAACUCUUUGAUUCAUAUGUACUCUGUUUUUGGAAGAAUGAGAGAUGCACACAAGGUGUUCGACGAUGGGUCUGUGUUGGAUUUGGUAAGUUUGAAUCUGAUGAUUGAUGGGUAUGUGAAAGAUGGUCAAGUGAUUAUUGCGAGGAUGUUGUUCGAUGAAAUGCCUGAAAGAGAUGUUUUUACUUGGAACUCUAUGCUUUCUGGUUAUGCUAGGAUGCAAGAUAUGGAGGCGGCGAGGUGUUUGUUUGAGGCAAUGCCUUCUCCGGAUGCUGUUUCUUGGAACUGUAUGAUCGACGGUUACGCGGCGGCGGGGGAUGUUACGAUGGCGAGGGAGUUUUUCGAUCGGAUGCCGAGAAGAAACGUUGUUUCUUGGAGUACUAUCUUGGCUCUCUAUGUUAGGAACAAGAAUUACGCUGAAAGUCUGAGGCUUUUCGAGGUUUUGAUUGAUAAAGGAGAUGGCUUGAAGCCGAACAAAGCGUGUAUUACAAGCGCAUUGACUGCUUGUGCGAAUUUGGGAAGGAUUGAUACAGGGAAGAGGAUACAUUUAUAUGUAACGAGCAACGGUGUUAAACCUGAUUUGCUUCUCUCAACCGCUUUGCUUACGAUGUAUGGUAAGUGUGGUGCAAUGGACAUGGCUAGAGAGGUGUUUGAUGGGAUGGGAGAGAGAAGCGUUGUCUCGUGGAACUCUAUGAUCAUUGGAUAUGGUAUGCAUGGGGAUGGAGAGAAAGCGUUAGAGAUGGUUAUGGAGAUGGAAAAGGAUGGAGACGUUGUACCGAAUGGUGCUACUUUGGUUUGUUGUUUGUCUGCUUGUGUGAAUGCAGGGAUGGUUUUAGAAGGUUGGUGGGUUUAUGAUCGGUUAACUCGAAUCUAUGGCGUCGAACCGAGAGUAGAACACCAUGGAUGCUUGGUGAAUCUUCUUGGCUUGGCAGGUUUGACAAAAGACUCGGAAGAGAUGAGAGAAGAGAGUCAAUCUGUUCUCUCUUCUUGCUGGACGGUUUCGAAUCCUGAGGUUGGAGAAAUCUUGGCGAAGCGGCUUGUGAGAUUGCAACCAAGUGACAUAGGGCCAUAUGUGUUGCUGUCGUAUCUAUAUGCUGUUGAUGGAAAGUGGGAAGAUGUGGAGAAAGUGAGGAGGAUGAUGAUGGUGAAUGAGAAGAAGCUGUGUAUGGUAAGUAGCUCAAGUUACAUGACAAAGAUUGUGUACUCGAUGUUGUGCGAGAUAGGUUUCCAACUUAAGGUUUCGAUUUGA